CAUUUGGAGGCCCAACAAUGGCGACUGCACCCUAUGGCCAUGGCUCCCACCUUCUCUUCUCUCUCAGUACAACAUCCGUGCUCUCUCCAUAAAUACCCAAUUUCUUUCCAAAUCGGAACCGAAAUUUUCCAAAUGGCCAUUCGAAAACCGGCGAUUCACACGGCGGCGCUCAAGCAGAUUGUGAAGCGCUGCUCCAGCCUAGGGCGGAAGCAAGAGGCCGCCGCGGCUGGAUUUGACGAUGUUCCCAAGGGACAUUUCGCCGUCUACGUCGGCGAGAAUCGGAGCCGAUAUGUCGUCCCGAUCUCGCUCUUGACUCACCCCGAUUUUCAGUGCCUCCUCCGCCUUGCCGAGGAGGAAUUCGGUUUCCACCACCACAUGGGCCUCACUAUCCCUUGUGAAGAGGUGGUUUUCCGCUCACUCACCGCCGCUCUCCAGUGAACCAACCACCCACCACCAAAAUGCACAAAUUCCACAAUUUUUUUUUUCUUUUCUCUUGGAGAAAUGAUUAUAUCUUCCGAGCAAUUUUACACCGUUGGAUGCGGAAAAUUCUAAAUCCAACGGAUUGCAAGCCAUGUGGAAUAAUUUUUAGCGGGUUUAUUCUAUUAUUUUUAACCAUUUUAAGGUUUUUUUUUUU